AUGCCACGACGAACAUUAUCACCUCCCCCACUUGCGUCGCCUGGAGCGACUUCGAGCGGCUUUGCAUUGCCACAAUCACCAAGCUUGAACCAAGAAGAAGGCUUCAGAAUGCGCUCGGUUGGAUCGCCCCGGUUGCCUUCCGAAAAGAAUAGUGCUGGCGCACAGAAACCACCCCUUGUUCCUUCUACGACCACCAUUCAUCCAUACAUCGGACUUCGCGCUAAAUUGUCUCAAGCUUGGCUGGCUUACCCAAUAAUUGCCCUUCUUUUCAUCGUAUUCCGUCUCCUUUCAGCAAUAAAAACGAUUCCGACAUUAGUAGACGAAAUAAAACAGAAUGCUCUCCGCUCGUGCAACGCACUCGAAACAGCAACUUCGACAGUGACGUCACUUCCGCACUUUAUGGCAGGUGGGUUUAACAGAGCGACCGUGGACGGUGUCAACUUGUCGAUCAAGGCAAUUGCAAACACACUGGAUUUAGCAAUCUUGGCAUUGGAGGGAAUCAUUAUUUGGUUAAUCAGUAUAUUUAAAAGCACUUAUCGGUGUUUGUUGGAACUAGCAAUUAGAGGUUCGUUAGAUGCAGUUCAAGAUGCUAUUGCAACUGUGACUCAAGCUGUUACCAACAACUUGGCUGGCAUUAAAUCAAGUAUUGACAGUCAAGUCAAUUCGCUCAACGAUGCGUUGAACAGUGUCAGACAAAAUCCUGUGGUUAGCAACCUGAAUAUCAACAUACCCACAAUCACUAUUUCAGCGACCGAUGGGUUGACAAACAUGCAGUUUCCAGCAAUAGACCAAGGCAUCGGUCAGUUAAAUAACAGUCUUCCUACUAUGGAUGAAAUCGAGAGCAAGCUGGAUAGUCUGAUAUCCAUACCGUUUGAUCAAUUGAGGACACUGAUUCAAACCAGCAUGAGUAAUGUUCAUUUCAAUGAAUCCGUACUUCCGGUGCCACCUAAAAAUCAAAUUACCUUUUGCGCCGAUAAUUUGGAUUUAUCAAUCGUCGAUAAAAUUUCGCACGAUUUGGUGAAGGCGGCGUACAUUGGACUUGCCGUUUUGGUUGUUAUUGCUCUGCUGAUGAUAGCUGGUAAUGCUGCUGUUAUUUGGUACUCUCAUCGUCGGUUUAUGAGGCACGUCGAUCGGACCAAAAAGACCAUUAGUCUAGUUACUUUUACUCAUACGCGUGAGACUACUAUUGAGAUUAUCAAAAUAGCUGAAAGACCGUUGAUUACUCGCUGGUUUAUUAAAGCGUCUCGGUUUUUCAAAAAUCCGGAUCAUCAACAUUUGUUUAGAUGGUUUUGGGACUAUAUUUUGAAUCGGGGAGCAUUGGUUUGUCUCGCCAUUGGUCUUGUUGGUGUGCUUGGUAUAUACUUGCAGCUCGCCAUACUUGAUGGUAUACGCGGUAGCUAUCAACAACCGUUGACUGAUACUAUUAACACGUUCGGUAACGUGGUCUUGGACAAAAUCAAUGGUGCAUUGAACGAUACGUCAAGGAAUUAUGCCUCUCAGAGUAAUUCUGCCAUAUCCAACGUGGAAAAUGAUAUCAAUACAGAGCUGCUUGGUUGGGUGAACACGACUACAACAGCGUUAAACAACACUUUGAACUCAGCAGUUGAUGAUAUUACUACUUUCAUUAAUGGAACGUUCGGAGGUGUCCCGGUUUUAUUAACGGCAGUUAGCCAAGUCUUAAACUGUCUAUUAUUUGUGAAAAUACGUGGUAUACAAGCUGGCCUUACGUUUAUACAAGAAAACGCAUCAAUCAACCUUCCACGUGUGAACGACUCUAUUCUACUCGUGGAUAGAUCAAACAUGCAAGAAGUAGUGGACCAAGCCACAACGCAACUUGUCGGAUCACCAGGUUCAGACUCAUCUGGCGGUGAGAUUGGUCGGUUGUUCGACGUAUACGAGUCUUCGCUCAAGUCUGAACUUCCGCUAUUUUGGCUACUCAUUGCUUGUUGGUUCUUCCUUGUGCUAAUGGGAAUUGGUCGUGUAUUGUGGUUUUUAUUCGUACAAAAGAAAAAGAACAAUAACAAGGUACUUCAACAAGCUUUGUCAGAUUCAUCAUCGGAUGAAAAGACGUCGCAAUCACCCACAUAUCCUCCACCGAGUAAAGCGAGAUCCAUAUCGCUCCGGCGCGAUACCAACAAGGAAGAUGGCACAGAGAUACAGCGAUUCUCAAUGUUGAAACGUGCAGCAUCUCAAGUUCGCAAAACGGACGAAAAACAUUUCAAUUCAUUACGAUCAAAGCUAAACGGGUUGGUUAAGCGACAAUCUGAGUCUCCAAAAAUGACAAAGAGAUCCCAACCGAGUUAUCCGAGCAAUAGCAAUUUGUUGGAUUCUCCUCAAUUAUCGCCGCAGAUGGCCUAUGGGUCUGACCAGUAUGUUGCUGAGUGGGAUGAAGAAGGCGAUCAGGAUUAUGAUUCGAUUUACGAAUACACGCAAGACUACGAUAAUCCGCCAACAAGAGCUCCCGUUCCAAAUCGGCAGCAGAACGAUCCAUUCCUCACCCCAUUUGAUUGA